AUGAAGAUGCCAAAACUGACAGUUUCAUCACAAACUAAACCAACUAACCAAUGGAAACCUAUGACAGCUUCAAUCCAUGCUCAAACUACAGUAAAUCCAAUUCGUCGAGUUACUGAUUGUAUGUCUGUGCCAGCUAAUCCAGACAAAGAACCUAUCAGAUUAAAUCUUGGUGAUCCAACAUUGACGGGAUGUUUACCACCUAGUGAGGCAACAAUAAAUGCAAUUAAGAAUGCAGUGGAUUCGCACAAAUUUGAUGGUUAUGGGCCUGCUGUUGGAACUCUUUCUGCUAGGGCAGCAAUUGUUGAGAAAUUUUCAACACCUGAAGCUCCAUUUACUGCUGAUGAUGUAGUUUUGGCUUCAGGUUGCUCACAUGCUUUAGAAAUGGCUAUUGUUGCUAUUGCUGAUCCAGGACAAAAUAUUCUUGUUCCAAGGCCUGGCUUUCCUUUGUAUUCAACAUUGUGCCAACCGAAUGGAAUUGAAUCUAGGCAAUAUAGACUGGAAAUGGAUGAUAAAGGAUUAAUUGAUUUGGCCCAUUUGGAAAGCUUAAUUGACUCACAAACACGAGCUAUAAUUGUUAACAAUCCUUCAAACCCGACAGGAGUGAUUCCUAUAAUUGCUGAUGAAAUUUAUGGUGAUUUGGUAUAUGCUGAAGGCGCCCGUUUUCAUCCUAUGGCAACAUUAAGUCCUCAUGUCCCAAUAAUAACUUGUGAUGGAAUUGGAAAAAGAUAUCUGGUCCCUGGGUGGAGGCUUGGUUGGCUAAUUAUACACGAUCGUUGCGGAGGCGUCUUGUCUGAAAUAAAGAAGGGAAUCGUUGCUUUAAGUCAGAAGAUUGUUGGACCAUGUGCACUAAUUCAAGGAGCUUUGCCAAGCAUUUUAAGAGAUACGCCUUCCGAAUUCUUUGACAACACUAAAAAACUUUUGGCUUCAAAUGCUUCUAUAGUAUAUGAUAAAUUAAGUAGAGUUCCUGGAUUGAGACCAUUGAAGCCACAAGGUGCCAUGUAUAUGAUGGUUGGAUUUGAUCCUUCUCUCUUUGGUGAUGAGACUAAAUUUGUGCGUGGUCUGAUUUCUGAAGCUCUUGAGAAGUUAUUCGGCAGAAAAUGGUUUUUAUUUUUAUAAUUCAAUUUUACUUUUCUACUUUCUUUUAAGACGACGAUUUGCCUGUGCUUGAACUUAAUGCACUCAGAGAUUUGUCUUUCAUCAUUGAAUCUUACCUUUUCCAUAUUUGCUUUAUCGACCAAUUGGACCAGGCCAAGGCUGUUGUACCACCAAUCAAGAUUAGUCGAGCAACAAGAGGAAAUUCUGAAAUACGACAAUACGAGAAUGAUGAGCAGAAGAAGAGUAAACUUCGUCGUUUUUUCAAACGCUC